AUGAAACGCUCAGCUGAGGCCGUUCCCAUCGCCGCCUCCUCCGCCACCGCCUCCUCCUCCCUGCCGCCCAAGAAACCUGUUUUUUUAACCAAAGCCCAACGGGAGCAAUUAGCCCUCCAACGCCGCCAAGAACAAACCGAAGACCAGAAACGCCACCAACACCAUCUUCUCUCCAGUCUCUCCCACUCGCGCCCUUCCUCCGACAACGCACCGCCCGCAACCACCACUAGUUCUGACCGAGACCGAGAUCGAGAUAGAGACAGAGACCGAGAUCAUAGGGACCGAGACCGAGACCGAGACCGAGACAGGGACAGGGACCGAUAUUCUCGUGACCGGGAACGAGACCGGGAGCGAGAUUCCGAGCGGCGGAACCGCGACCGCGACCGAGAUAGGGAGCGCGAAGAGGAGGCCAAGGCUAGAGAGCGUGCCCGCUUUGACAAAAUGGCCGAGCGCGAGCGGGACAAAGAGCUGGAAGCCAUUAAAGAGCAGUAUCUUGGAUCGAAGAAGCCCAAGAAGCGAGUGAUCAAACCCAGCGAGAAGUUCCGAUUCUCUUUCGAUUGGGAGAACACAGAGGACACUUCUCGGGACAUGAAUGCUCUGUAUCAAAACCCUCACGAGGCCCAGCUUUUGUUUGGGCGAGGGUUUCGGGCCGGGAUGGACCGAAGGGAGCAGAAGAAGCUUGCUGUGAAGUACGAGAGGGAGCUGCGGGAGGAGAUUCGGAAGAAAGACGGCGUCGAGGAGAGGCCUGAGGAGGCCGCUGCUCAGAGGCUUAAGGAGGAGGCUGCGGAAAUGUAUGACACUUUCGACAUGAGGGUUGAUCGCCAUUGGACUGAUAAGAAGCUUGAAGAGAUGACUGAGAGGGACUGGAGGAUUUUUCGAGAGGAUUUUAACAUUUCGUAUAAGGGGUCUAGGAUUCCGAGGCCAAUGAGGAGUUGGGCAGAGAGUAAAUUGAGUGAGGAGUUGCUUAAGACUGUGGAGAAGGCUGGGUACAAAAAGCCUUCUCCGAUUCAGAUGGCGGCGAUUCCACUUGGCAUGCAACAGCGCGAUGUUAUUGGCAUUGCUGAGACUGGUUCUGGUAAGACUGCUGCCUUUGUUCUUCCUAUGUUGACUUAUAUUUCGAGGUUGCCUCCCAUUAGUGAGGAGAAUGCGGCAGAAGGGCCUUAUGCUGUUGUUAUGGCGCCUACUCGUGAGCUUGCACAGCAGAUUGAGGAUGAGACUAACAAGUUUGCGCAAUUCUUGGGUAUCAAAGUGGUUUCCAUUGUUGGUGGGCAGUCCAUCGAGGAUCAAGGGUUUAGAAUUAGGCAAGGAUGUGCAGUUGUAAUUGCCACUCCAGGGCGUUUGAUUGAUUGCUUGGAGAGGCGUUAUGCAGUUCUUAACCAGUGCAAUUAUGUUGUGCUUGAUGAGGCUGAUAGGAUGAUUGAUAUGGGGUUCGAGCCACAGGUUGUGGGAGUUUUAGAUGCGAUGCCCUCCAGCAAUUUCAAACCUGAGAAUGAGGACGAAGAACUUGAUGAGAAGAAGAUAUACAGAACCACUUAUAUGUUCAGUGCCACCAUGCCGCCUGCUGUGGAGCGGCUUGCUAGGAAGUACUUGAGGAAUCCUGUUGUGGUCACUAUUGGCACGGCUGGAAAGACAACUGAUUUGAUCACUCAGAAUGUGAUCAUGAGCAAGGAAUCUGAGAAAUUUGAGAGAUUAAAGAGAUUGCUUGACGAACUUGGUGAUAAGACUGCUAUUGUAUUUGUUAACACCAAGAAGAAUGCUGACUAUGUUGCUAAGAGUUUGGAUAAGAAUGGAUAUCGUGUUACCACUUUGCAUGGAGGGAAGUCACAGGAGCAGAGAGAAAUUAGCCUUGAAGGUUUUCGGACCAAGAAAUACAAUGUUCUAGUUGCGACCGAUGUUGCAGGUCGUGGGAUUGACAUACCUGAUGUGGCCUAUGUUAUUAAUUACGAUAUGCCUGGGAAUAUCGAACAGUACACUCAUCGUAUUGGGCGUACUGGCCGUGCAGGGAAGACUGGUGUGGCCACAACAUUCUUGACUAUGCAUGACACGGAUGUAUUUUAUGAUCUCAAGCAGAUGCUUAUUCAGAGUAAUAGUCAUGUUCCUCCUGAACUGGCGAAACAUGAGGCCUCAAAGUUCAAGCCAGGUUCAGUUCCUGAUAGACCACCAAGGCGUAAUGAUACUAUUUUUACUCACUGAGAAGUUAGGAAUUUACCAGAGUUUUCAACAGAGGGCCCAGCUUAUUCACCGUGUGAUGGUGUUUUCAUGGCUGAGACAUCUUUGCUUAAUACUGGAACCGAAGAAUGUGGUGGUCACAUCUGCCUUGGAGGUUCUUGGCAACAGAUCUCUGAGAUUCUGCUGGACCACCUCGCGGGAUGGCACUGUUUGGUAUUGGGGCUUUUCUGUGCAUGCCAGAUUUGACGAAGCAAUUCAAUAUUAUGGUGUUAUUUUCUACUAUGUGCAGGACUCAUUUCCUUGUCUCCAAUACCAAAUGGUCGGGGUGUUUCACAAAAACGUAACAGUAGCAGUAGCGUAGCGUGUUCGACAUCGGAGGAGGACGAGUGAAGAGUUGGUUUUGGUUUUGGCAAAAUUGAGUUAUGUUGGUCACUUGAAGUCUAGUUUUGCUGAACUUCUUGAACUCUAGAAAUUGGUUUCAAAAGCAUUUGUUGGGGGAAGGGCCAAGAUUUUUUCAUGACUGUGAAGAUUUUGGAUAGUGUGGUUGAUAUUUCAGCGGAUCAGUGUUGACAAGGACUCGCAAGAGCAGAUUUAUAACAUCAACUUAUACAUGCACAAAUAAACGGUGUGUCCUCUUUCACUUGAUAAAUCCCUAAUAAAUCUUUUGAAGAGCCAAAAAAAAAA